UCAACAGUUAUCACGAAUCACUAGCGCCACCUGCGAUUGUUUUGGAAACUUCCAGUUCCAGCAUUAUAUUUUUAUUGUCAACGAGUAAACACGUCUUUUUUUCUCUGCUCUCUCUUUAAUUUUCGAUGAAAUAUUCUGUGGUUAUUGAACAAAAGCUUUGGCUUACUGCAAGUCUUUUUUAGACAAAGAAAUGUCCAACCCAAAAUUCAAAUUACACCCGAUUCACAGUCUUUUCAAGUUCAAUGCUGAAAGUAGAGAAAGCAAAUGUAUGGUCAGCGGCUGCCGAGAUUCAUUGAAAGGCAAAAAUACAACCAAUCUAAUACGACAUGCAGAAAAGAAACACUUGGAAGAAUAUGUUCAUUUGAUGGCAGUGCACAAUAAAAACAAGGCUCUACCAAACACUAAAAAGACUGAAGGAAUGCAACUGAGGUCUUAUUGCGAAAAGGUUGUUAAAGAAAAACCAGCAACUAACCGUGAACGAAAUAAGGAAAAGGCCAGAUUAUAUUCCAAAGCAUACAGAGAAAGAAUAAAGUUAAAUAAAAAACAAACAGAAGACAAACUUAAGAAUUCAUCUAGAGCUGUUUGUGAUCCGACGUCGUUAAUCGAGGGACUUUCAGUGCAACAGUUACAUGCUACCAAUCUGGAUCCUGUUUGUCCGAUUCCAAUGACUUUAGAGAAAAAUUCUCAAAUGCAACUACAACCCGCUGCUCUGGAUUCCCAACAAAAUCAAUUAACUGUUUACCCAAACUGGCAGGAAACCAACAGAAUCUCAGAUUUGAAUGAUAACUUAUUCAGUGAAACAAACAAUAAUUCAAUCAGUUCUGCUACGAUUCCACAACCCAGUCCAUGCAGCUCUUUCAAAGCCAAGUCAGAUACAACAGUCCUACUGGAACCGAAUCAUCCUGAAGCCAACGAAAUUCCCAAUGGAGUAAGAAUUCAAGAUGUUCCACCCCUCGUACCAAUAUAUGAAUCAUUCCAAGAAGCGUCCUUCCCCACGGAUUAUGCCCCAGUUGAAAUAUUUUACCAGCCCUACCCCGCAAACAUCCCAAUUGAGGAUAACUCGUUGGAAUCAUCUACUCAAGUAGUUCUUUCUCCAGAAGCCCAGAUAAUGCUCAGCGAGCAGAUGCGGAAACAUGUUCAACUUCUUACGCAAAUGCAUUUGAUCACUGCUCAACAGUCAGAUUUGAAACCUGUAACGGAAGGUUGCCAUUCUAUGCUUCAAGAACUAGUUCCCCUAAAGCAACGAAUGGAAAUCGCCAAUCUAGAUGAAGCUCUUGAUUUAGUCAAACGUUGGGAGACUGUCGUGACAAAAGCCUCGUCUGAAGAACUCCGUAAAUAUCAGAGACAAGUCGUCAACUACGGAGAAAAGAAGAAAUUUUUGAAGUGUUCAGGAAAAAAUCUGGAACGUUUCCCAUUCAACCCAAAAAUGGUAGAAAUGAUGGCUGAAAGUCGAAUCUUCAUUUACCCUGAACUCCUUCCUACACUUGCCAUCUUUCAAGCAGAACGAGGUCCAUCAUGCAGGAUGUCACCGCACGAAGAUCAGCUCAUUGCAAUGGGGAUCGAACGAUUUACUCCUUUUAAUGAAGAUUAUUUUUCAGGUUCUCAGAAGUCGAUGAGCCUUUCAAUAUGCUCCAUGAUUUCUCAAUCCAUUCUUCCCCACCGGACGGCUAAAGAGAUUGAAGCUCGUAUUAAAUCCAAGUGCCUUCCCACAUCACCUGAUAACCCCAUCAAAUAUUACCUGGAAAACCAAGAGGCCCCAUCUGUACACCACGUUAUCCAGCCGUUUGAUCGCUACUCAACAAGAAAACUGAGUGAAAUCCCGUCGUUUUUAUUGCCUAGCCGUUGGCGAGAAUUUUUUAGCUUCAGCAACACGGUUGAUAGUUUACAAAAUCAGCCAGAACAAAAUAUCAGUCGCAUCCCUCCAAGUCCAAAUACAUCCUCUGAGGCACACAUUGCGAGAAUCGCCCUUAACGGUCCUGAGGUUCGUCAGAAAAGAUUUGUUCCUGCGUCUACUUCAAGAAAACUUAAAUCGCCCAGCAAAUAUGAGAAAAUCCUUGGAAAAACUCAAAUGGCAACAACUGUUAGAACUCGUGACCAGCGCCGCCACAAAACUAUUUCUAAAAAGCGACGAAUCGUACAGCCGCACGAAAUAGAAAUUGAUCUUGAAGAGAUAUUUAUUGAAAACAUCAAAACCGAAUUCGACAAAGGCGAGAAUUUUUAAAAAUAAUUCUCUCCCCAAACUCCCCAGUUCUGACGUACUGGCCAGUUCUAACUAAUCAAACCUAUGUCUUUUACAAUACCUUCCGAAUUUUGCUCACACAUUGCCUAAGUUAGUUUUGAGUCGUUGUUUUACAUGGUUAAAGUUAACCCUCAUAGAGAAAAUAUUCAUUCUUUAGUUCAUAUAUUCUGUUUCAUAAAACUUUUUUGUGUGCAGUGUAAACUAUGGGAGGUAACCACAAAGCAAAUGUGUACAUUUUCUAAACAAGUUCACUGAAUAAAGGUUAAAUAAGU